AUGAACACAUCGAAUAAGCUGCUGAUUUUUGCAUUAUGCUCGACGCUUUGCCUUGAUCGAAUUGCCGGUUUCAACAAGGCCUACGACGACCACGAGAGACAGACCUACAUUGUAUACAUGGGAGAGUUGCCGCUAGAUAGGAAGUCUGUAACGAAUGCACACCACAACAUUCUUUCUGAAGCAAUUGGAGAUGAAGUGGUAGCAAGAAGAUCAAAGAUAUAUAGCUACAAGAGGAGUUUCAAUGGUUUCGCAGCGCGAUUGAAGCCACACGAAGCCAAGUUGCUAUCGGGUAUGGUUAUAGAUAUCGAUAGUUCUAGUUCGGUCCGUCAUACUAAGUCAAACUUACAUGACAUUUUUUGUUGUUGUAUUACAGAGAGAGAAGGUGUUAUUUCAGUGUUUCCUAACAAAGAGCACAAGCAGAUGACUACAAGAUCAUGGGAUUUUAUAGGAAUGUCUCAGAAUGUCAAGAGAAAUAUUCGGCUUGAAUCAGACAUGAUAGUAGCUGUUCUUGAUACAGGAAUAUGGCCGGAAUCACUUAGUUUCAACGACUCGGGAAUGGGACCACCACCACGUAAGUGGAAAGGCAAGUGUGCUACAGGAGUAAACUUCACUGGCUGCAACAACAAGCUGAUUGGUGCACAGUACUUUGAUAUUGGGGGCAGCGUUGGCCCCGAUGCUUCUCCGGUGGACAUUGACGGGCACGGGACACACACGGCCUCAAUUGCAGGCGGUGUGACUGUGGAAGGCGCUAAUUUGUACGGCAUUGCGAAAGGCACUGCAAGAGGCGCGGUUCCAUCAGCCCGGAUAGCUAGUUACAAAAUUUGCUGGGGGAAUGGCUGCCAGGACGUAGAUCUUCUGGCAGCGUUCGAUGCAGCCAUUGCUGACGGGGUGGAUGUGAUAUCAGUAUCAAUAGGCGGGGCAGGGCGCAGCUUCAGCAAAGAUACUAUGGCCAUUGGGGCCUUCCACGGGUUGAAAAAGGGAGUCUUGACAGUGUGCUCAGGAGGGAACGAAGGACCUUAUCCAGGGACAAUCCAGAAUGUUGCGCCGUGGAUCAUGACUGUCGCUGCAACCACCACAGACAGGAAGCUUGUGACAAGAGUGAAACUGGGCGAUGGACAAAAGAUCACGGGAAUUGCAAUCAAUACAUAUGUGCCCAAGAAAAGCUUCUACCCUCUAACAAGUGGAGAAGAAGCAAAGAAUUCAAGUUUUCCAUAUGGAGAAGCCAGUGAAUGUGAAGAAGGAACCCUGGACCGGGUGAAGGUAAAAGGAAAGAUAGUAUACUGCGAGGGAUCAGGCGGUGAUUCUGUCGUCCCACAACUAGGUGCAGCAGGAAUCAUCAUGUCGGAUGAAGAAUUGGAUGACACUGCAUUCGCUCUAAUGGGACCAGGAACUUAUGUCAGUGUUGAAGAUGGUACAAAGAUUAGUAACUACAUAAAUUCCACUAGAUCAGCUCGAGCUGUGAUAUCCAAAACGAAAUCCAUCAAAAUAGCUGCACCAGCUGUAGCUUCAUUUUCAUCUAGAGGACCUCAGCAACUGUGUGCUAAUUUACUAAAGCCCGACAUUUCUGCACCUGGGGUUAACAUAUUGGCGGCCUACACAAAACUCGCCACUGUAACUGGAGAAGAAGGUGAUGCACGAGUUGUGAAGUACAACAUCCUGUCCGGAACUUCCAUGGCUUGCCCUCAUGUCUCAGGGGCUGCUGCUUAUGUCAAGUCUUUCCAUCCACAUUGGUCGCCCGCUGCCAUCAAAUCUGCUUUAAUGACCACUUCAAAAAGACUGAAGAUCACGCCGAUUGGAGCUGAAUUUGCAUCUGGUUCUGGACAACUGAACCCGAAAGCAGCAGUAAAUCCAGGGCUGAUUUACGACAUCGACCUAGUCUCCUACAUAAGUUUUCUCUGCAAAGAGGGCUACCAAGACAAAGACAUAGCUCUACUCACAGGCAGCAGGAAAUACAGUUGCUCCAGCGUUCCACAAGCAAAAGGAGCAGAUGGCCUCAACUACCCUUCCAUAUACCUGCAAGUCAAGGGAGACGAGUUGGUCAUCACAGGAGUAUUUUAUAGGACUGUGACAAAUGUGGGCACCGGUAACUCAACAUACAAAGCCAAGGUUACCGCCCCGGACGGUCUUUCUAUCAAAGUCACCCCCAACGUUUUGACAUUUACUCGACCCAACCAAAAUAGGUCGUUUAAAGUAACACUAGAAGGGAAGCCGCCUGCGGUGGAGGCGUGGUACCUCUCUGGAUCACUCUUGUGGACUGACUCCAAGCAUAAAGUUAGAAGCCCAGUUCUUGUAUCCUCUGACAGAUUUGACUAAACUCUGAAUAUAAUACCCAUCAUGUAUGAAAAAUGCGCU